AUGUGCUCGGACGAUGAUCCUAUACCGCCCGAAUAUAGGCCCCAAUAUCCGUGGCCAUCCCAAGCUACGCCGCCGCCUCAAACUAUGAUAUCAAUUCCUCAGAGGCCCACGGCUCCUUUCCAUAGCCAUCCACCUCCUCCAUACUAUAGUACAAACUAUCUUCAAGCACCUGUUGCGGCCCCUCUGUAUUGGUCCUCCUAUGCCACCUCUUCUCACCCACAGAUCCCAUCGUCUAACCGUCUCUCACAAGGAGCCCAGCACCCCAAUAUACUCGAGGGAAAUGUGCUCUCCGACAUAAGUACACAGUAUGAUUACAACACUACCUGUGUCUUCGUCAAGAAUUUGCCACAUGAUGUCGACAAUGAAACGAUUAAAGACGUUUUUAAAGACAUUGGCAGUUUCACUACUAGCGAGCACGCUCAGCAAGCUCUUAUGAAGAAUCGGCAAGUUGUUCUCAAAGGGCUCGCUAUCGAGGUUCAGCCUUACCAAGAGCGCCCAAAAAGAGGACGGUCAAGCGGAACGGGGUCAGGCGUUGCGACAUGAUAUCUAUAUCGGUUUUAAUGGAGCUGUUCUGAGAGAUAUAUGGUAUUAGAAGCAUGGUGGGGAUAAGUGUUCGGGAUUUUAUUUUUGGC